CAUAAUUUGAUCAGGCACAUGCUUAGCCGCUAUGGUAGCGCUUCCACAGAGCUUGAAGGACCUCAAAAGACUCUAUUGCAACACGAGUGAUCGCCUCUGUUUAUUCUCUUUCAACUAAGAAUGACCAAAAAGCGAAAACGGCAGGAUGAUUUCCAGAAAGUUAAGCUAAAGGUUGGCAAAAAGAAGCCGAAAGCAGACAAUGCAACAGACGUCAACUUCAGAUCCAAAGCCAUCCAUCUGCCAGAGCAGCUGAAGCAGAGUAAUGCAGGACCAACCACACAUAGGCAGCUCAACAUUAAGGAUCUGCUGUCCCAGUUACACCACUACAACAGUAAUGUCAAGCAGGGAGCUCUGGUGGGUUUACGGGAGUUGCUGUCAGGUCACCCCACUUUGGUUGAACAGCAUACGUCGGCGAUUCUUUCAGAGGUAGCCGCGCUCUUCACAGACAAAGACGGCACCGUGCGUGCGGCUGCGGUGCGCCUGCUGCGCUUCGUGUCUCAGUGCAUCCCCGUCGAGCGCGUGGCACCAUUCUUCCCCCUGCUUAGCGCUCACCUCACUUGUGCCAUGACUCAUAUCUCAGAAAGUAUCCAAGAGGACGCUCUCCGGGUCCUGGACGUGCUGCUCGAACACUUUCCUGGACUUUUGUCUCAGAGACAUAACAUUCUGCUGGCAAAUUUUUUCGAGCUCAUCUCCCAGAGGCGAAUGGGCAAAAAGGGCGGAACGGGUCAGGAUAAGCCAUCGAAAGGACGCUUUGUUUUGUCCUUCAAUACAAAUCGCUCUGUGACGGCACAGCAAUGGAGACUCACUGUGCUGCUUAGGCUGAGCCGUUUUCUGCAGGCGGUGGUUGAGGAAAGGCCGCUGGAGGAAGGCAUGACUAACAGGAAUGCUCUUGAAAUGUGGGCUGGGGAGAAAAGCUCGACGACACCUAUAGAGGUGAAGUGGGAAGAGCAUGCGUUUGGGAAGGGCAGAAUACAAAUGUUUGAACAUUCUGGAGCCACGCCCACCCCACACUCCACAUAUCGGUUAAGGCCGGACUCUAAUCUGGCAGUUGGAAUGAAUAAAGAUCUAAAUUCAGCUGAGACCGUGCAAGGCUUUGCGGGGACACUCGUGCCUCUCCUGCUGGAGAUCUGGGUGGAGGCGGCAGGUGGAGAACGCGUGCAGACGGACAGUGGUCACCUGCUUUCGCCAGAGUCCAUGGCUCUUAUGUUCCAGAUUCUGACCAUCCUUCAGUUACUCAGAAGACUCACCCCACAGGGAGACCAACAGGACAUUCUGGACGCCUGGUUUCGGAACACGUACCUAGCUGACUUCAAACAUCACUUCAUGAAGAACUUCCCGUAUGGUCUGCUAGAAGUGGCAAGACAUAAGAAAAAAGUUGACGGGAAGAGGUUUCAUCAGCAGGCAGUUGUUGCAACUGUCGCUGGAGGCAAUGUGGAGCCUUUGGCCCUAAACGUCACAUUGUGCCAAGUUAUGGUGACUCUCAGUCUUAAGGGCUGCAGUGACGGAGUGGGUCAAGAUGCAGACUGGCUCGGACCAAUCAGAGAUUUCAUUAAAGAGACACUGUCCAGUGGGAGCAAGCUGAGCUCAAAGCACCUGGCAGCUUUACUGGAAGUCGUCUGGAGGAUGAUUGUUACCCAGCGCAGCCGUGUGGUGACAGAUGAACUCCUGCAGGCCGUGUAUGUGCAGUACCAGCAGAGGAACCUCGGUGUGACCGUCCGUACACUGCUGCUGAGCUUUUUCAGUCAACUCUACAUUGAAGAACAUCAGAACCACCCUCAUAUUGCCAGGAGUAAGAUUCUGGCAUGCUGGUUGGCAUCACUACCAGUGCAGUUGGUUCAGUUAGGCAGUAGGAAUCCUCAGCUCUCCGCACAUCUUCUGGAGACGGUGCAGUCGGCUGCCGCCAGGGGCAACAAGGACCUUCUGAACAUUCUGCAGAAACGUGCCUGCAGUCUUUAUGAUCCACAGGAUGGCUGUGUGGUGGUGUUGCCUGUGGAGUCCCAGAAGAAGCUUGUUCAGAUUCUUUAUUUCCUGCCGGUGAUUCCCCCAGAGCUUCUCUCAUGUCUUAGUCAGGUCUGCAACGCUGGAAGAGUAUCAGCUAGCCUGGCCACCACACUUAUGCGCACUAUUCACCUGAGGUCUCCUCUGAGUGGCUGGUCGAGCGGUUCACAGGAUGUGCCAGUGAAGGAUGUCGAUUACCUCAGUUUCUUUUUCACCACGCUAACAGGUUUCUCCUCGGAGACUUUGGAGGCCCUGCAGCACACAGAUGAAGACUGUCUAUUGCCCUCGUCCACUCUCUCUCCGCUCAGCGUGCUUGCCACCACCCUGGAGCAGUUCCUGCACCAUUGGGAUGUGGUGGAGCAUCUAGAUGUUCAGUUCAAUCAGUCCAGGGCCACUCGGGUUGAUAUUCCACGCACAAGUACGUCUGAGUUUCCCUCCGGAGAGAGGCAGUCUGUUGAGCAGGAGGUGUGUCAUUGCCUGGAAACUCUGGGAUCACGUGCACAGUGUUUUGAUGUAAUACAGACUGCCAUCAUUAAGAAUCUGUGUGGACUAGCAGUGGUGCCCGACUGUUUGUGUACAGCAGUUCUGAGGUGUAUUCCUCUGUUACUGGAUAUCAACUUCCUGCCCAGCGACACUCUCCUCCACUUCCUGUCUGACUGUUGCCUGACCAUGCUCAAUCUCCUGCUGCAACUGGAGCAGAGCACCCGCAAGAGGGAUAGGGUUUGGGAGGCAUGUUUCACCGCGCUGAGCGCUGUACCAAGGCUUCUGCGAUUGGUGCUUCAGUCUUUCCGCGUUUGUGACCUGUGUGAGGAAGAGCUCCCACUUCUGGCACAGAUACUGUCAUUACUUCUUCAGCACGCUCAGUUACGCAACCACAUGAUGGCCAAUGCCAGUCUUCUGCAACACAUCAUACAGGACUUGACGCAUUUCUACAGCGGAGAGACGCGAGAGCAGUGGCUGACUGACUUGUUGUACUGCUACAGCGUGACGCUCUCUGGUCCCCGUGCCAACAUGGGCAUGAGAGAAAUGUAUUAAACAUUACAGUAUCCAUCGCUACAACCUUUUUGUUUGUUUUUCCUAAAUAAACACACAGUUGUUUUGUAUAAAAUGAGGAAAAUAAACCUUGUGGUAAUUGAUUGA